AUGAACCGAGUGGUUUUGAAGCCUGGAGGGCUGAAUGCACCCCACGUCCACCCUCGUGCAGCCGAGCUGGCUCUAGUCAUGGAUGGAAAACUGUUUGUAGGCUUUGUGACAACCGGAAACGUUUUCUACUGGAAAAUUGUGACUUCAGGAGAGUUGUUUGUGAUUCCUCCUGGGCUAGUGCACUUCCAACUGAAUAUUGGACACGAGAACGCACGCUUCUUCGCCUCGUUCAACAGUCAAAAUCCAGGGAUUCAGUUCGCCCCCCUUGCUCUUUUUAACUCCACGCCUUCGAUUCCUGAUCUCGUGUUGAGUAAAGCAUUUCAAGUAAAUCAAAGUAUCAUUGAGCUCAUUAAGUCUAGGUUUGCAACUGUGUCGACUGUGUCGACCGUGCUUAAGUCAGCUUACUAA